UUUCGUGAUCACCGUCAUAUCUUUUUAUUGUCUUGUUUUAUAGUGAAGUGCUAGGUAACCCUAUUAUUAUGAUUAAAAUAUAACAGUAGGUAAAAAAAAUUAACUGGGCUGCGAUGGACGAACAGGCGAAGCUGUCCAGCGAGCCUGCUGCGACCAAAGUUGUGCCUGUGGGGGACGACGACGCGGUGGCUGGCCCAGUGCGUCGGGACCUCGAGGAGGAAUUUAACAUGCAAAGAGCAAGGAUGAAGGAAUUGUUUCUUCAGAAAGAAGAUGACCUGCGCUCUCUCGUGCAGGAGAAGCAACAACUGGACUCUGAGGUGCUAGGGUUGCGAGCGGAGUUGCAACAACUGCAAACACUCAGCGAGAACCAGAAGUCAGAGAUACAGAGCCUGCAGCUAUUAGUUAGUGAAACUGUGGAGGUGUCGACGUCGGGCUCGGAGGAGGUCCGGCGGCUGACGGCGCGCAACCACGAGCUGGAGAAACAGCUGGCACAGCUCAAGCAGCAGCAGCAAUAUGAUUCCAUGAUGGUGCCGGGCGCUUUUGUGCGCUCGCUCGCUCGGAAGCUGGUGCCCGAGACUGAGGAACAGCCGCCCGUGAAGAGGAAUGAAGAAAACGAAUUGACGAACUCCAUCAUUGAGCCGCUCGAGAUGGAGAUCUCGGCGCUCAAGAACAAGCUGCGGCAGACUGACGCUCAGCUACAGGAGACACUGGCCAAGGUAACAAGUGCAGCUGCCAGUGGUGCCAGCAGUGGUGCCAGCAGCGGUAGUGACGUCAAACCUGAAACAGAGGGCCGGCAGCCGUGCGACAUGUGCGCCAACUACGAGCGCCAGCUGGUGGCGGAGCAAGCGCGCGCGGACUCCGCACGGGACCGCGCCGCCCAACUCGAGCAAGCGCUGAAGCUGGCCACCGAGGAGCUGGAGGGCGUGCGCUCGGUGCACGACGAGACCAUCCGCAGCUGGCAGGCCGAGCGCGCCGACUGCGCCGCGCGGCUGGCGGCGCUGGCCGGCGCGCUGGCGGCCGCCAAGGACGAGCUGGCCCAGCGCGCGGCCGCGGCCGAGCGGGCGUCGCGCCGCGCGCUCGACCGCGUCACCACGCUCACCGUGGAGCGCGAGACGCUGCAGAAGAAGCUAGACACGCUAGAAAGAGACAACGCGAUGCUGAUCGGCCAGUACACGAAGCAGGCGGCGGAAAUGCAAAAUGAAAUCAUCAACCUACCCGACAAUGUUACGGAGCUACAAGAGCUGUCGCUGCAGCUGCGGGAGCAGCUGAUCGUGUGCGAGACGGGGCGCCAGGCGGCGCUGGCCGGCGAGGCGGAGCUGCGCGCGCAGCUGUUGCAGCACGCCGCGUUGCUGCACCGCCGCGACACCGAGCUGGCUCAAGCGCUGCAGCGGCUGAAAGAGGCGCACGAGGAGCUGGACCGGCUGCAGACGGAGCGCGAGCAGAUGGCGGAGCUGGCCGACAAGCUGCGCCACUCCAGCGACAUGAUCGAGCAGCUGCUCGAGGACAAGAAACGGCUCCAGACGGAGGCACUGGAGACUCGCCAGCGCGUCGCCGUGCUGCAGCAAGAGCUGGACAACAGCGAGAAGGUGCAGCAGGACUUCGUGCGCCUGUCGCAGUCGCUGCAGGUGCAGUUGCAACGCAUCCGCGAGGCGGACACGGCGGUGCGGUGGCAGCACGACGACGACGUGUGCGAGUGCAACGCGUGCCGCGCGCCGCUGCCCACCAACAAGAAGAAGAUCCACUGCCGCCACUGCGGGCGCAUAUUCUGCGGCGCGUGCGUGGCGCACACGGUGCCGAGCGGGCCGCGCGGCCAGCCGGCGCGCGUGUGCUCCGUGUGCCUCACGCUACUGCAGCCGCACGCCGCGCCCUACUUCAGCACGCGCCCGCCGCACUCGCCCGACUAGCCGCACUCGCCGCACUCGCCGCACUCGCC